AUGGAGUCUGUAGAGGAACUUUAUUUAGACGGAAGUGCAACGAGAGAGCUGCCGCUUGGUAUAAAAAACCUCGAACGUCUAAGCUUUGCUAAAUCAUCAACUUCAAGGGAUGGCAUUGGCAUUGGCAUUGGCAUUGGGUGGGGCCUUGACUGUUUAUUUGGUAGCUCUGAUGACAAUGAACCAGGAAGUGAUAGCUCUGACGACGACGAUGAACCAAUCAGCAAAAGAUUCAAGAAAAUGAAUUGGGAGAAACUUAUGAAGAUGGCUGGUGCAGUUCACACUGGUGGAAAGGGUAGCAUGAGGAGAAAGGAGAAGACUGUUCACAAGACAACUACCACAGAUGACAAAAGGCUUCAGAGCACCAUUAAGAGAAUAGAGGGGCCAGAUAACUUGGACAAUUUGAUGAAACUGGCAGAGCAGUUCCAGAAGCAAGCGCCUGGUGCUAGUGCUGCUGGUGGAACCACUCCACAAGAGGAUGAUGAUGACGAGGUCCCUGAGCUUGUUGCUGGUGAGAACUUUGAAGCUGCUGCGGAGGAGAAGCAAGCUUCGUAG